AUGAAGAUAUUUUUUAAUAGUGUAGAUAAUUGGUCUUUUGCUCAAUCAUUCUUCUUUGCCGUUACAGUCGUUACUACAAUUGGAUAUGGUCAUGUGAGUCCUUUGUCAGAUACUGGUCGCAUAAUAUGUAUAGUAUAUGCUAUUUUUGGUGUUCCAAUGACAUUAUUAUUACUCUCAGUAAUUGUUCGUAAACUUCUCAUACUUCUUAAUAAUACUUAUUUAUGGUUUCGUUACAAAUUUUCAUCUGAUCGAAGAUCUGAAUCAAAAAUUCGUUUCAUACAUUUAUCUUUAGUUCUUAUAUUUUCAUUAAUUUUCUUAUUUAUUAUUCCAUCAAUUAUAUUUACAUAUCUCGAAGAGAGUUGGUCAUUUAUUGAUGCCUUUUAUUUCUGCUUUAUUUCAUUAACAACAAUUGGUCUUGGAGAUCUUGUUGCAGGAGAUUCACCAACACAACGUAACAGACUUUUUUAUAAAGUAUGUUUAACAAUUUAUCUUUUGGUUGGUGUAACAAUUAUGAUGUUAGUAAUUGCAAUGGUCUCUCAAAUACCUGAGCUUCGAUUAAUACAAUUUUUUCUGAGUGGAAAAGAAGUUGAAGAUGAAAAUGAACGUGUAUCAACUACGGAAACAUCUGGCUUAUUAUGGUUAUCACGUUCAUCACCUGCUUCUUCAUAUGGUAUUCGAAAUUCAACAACAAAUCAACCAUAUCGUCGACAGACAAAUGAAAAAACUGAUCCAACAGAUACUCCUGAGAUUAUAACAAAACAUGAUCUAUAUUCUUAUGUUGAUUAUUUCUUGGAUAAAUCACAUACUGGUUUAUGGCAUUCAUCUUCAUCAAAAGCAAAUGUAACUAAAUGGACAUUUGGACAAGGAUUAUUAUUUGUUACAUCUCUAUUAACAACUGUCGGUAAGAAAACAUUUUCAUAUAGUUUUAAAGAUUUAUUUGAAAUAAAAGAUGAAAUUUAA